AAUCAGAAAAUCGAAAUUCUCCAAACAGUUCGCAUGAACAAGAUAUGAUGCCUCCACCAUCGAGUACAAUUGUUUUAAAACACUCUAAAAAGCAUAAAACUAUUGGUACACGUAUUUUAAAUUUCUUCUCUGCUCAACCUAAACAUCGAAAAUUGGAUACUAAUAAUAAUCGAGUGACAAAUGGUUCAUCAAUUCAUUCAUCUGAUCCAUCCAGCCUAAUGCAUGAUGAUGAUAAUGAUUCUUCUGAGUUAAGCUUGGGUCAACCAUCAUCGAAUGAAAAUUUACAAGUUAAAAGUUCACUUCGAAAAACACAAGCAUCUAGUCGGCUUAUACCAACACAGAAACUUGGUCCUCCGUGUAAAGCUCGUAAAUUGGUUGCAGUGGAUAAUUCUGGCGAACAGUGGAACAGUAAGCAAAGUUUUUACUUGACAAUAAUGUGCUAUUAUUUUAUUUUCUAUUCUGAAGAACAUGUUAUCGUUACUGAUGUGAAACAUGUUGUUGAGCAUUAUGGUACAGUCUUUUAA